UCGUCCAAUUCCAAAAGACGAUAAGAGUCAAAGCUAUCAGGUAAACACGAAUGCAUUCCGACUUAACUACAUCCAACAUAUAUAAGGCGAUGAGCGUGAUGUGACGACCAUGUCAUUUCCUUUGAACUAAAUAGAAACGGGGACAAUGAAGCAAACGACGUUGCUGAUGAAUUGCGGCCUGGCCAUCGCCCUCGUUGUUUCUGGCCGGCUUUUCGGGUCAGCCGAUGGGCACGGAAUGAUGCUGGACCCACCCAGUCGCUCGUCCAUGUGGCGCUACGGUUUCAAUGUUCCGCCCAAUUACAACGAAAACGGGCUCAAUUGUGGCGGUUACGGUGUUCAAUUCAACAGCAUCAAUCAGGGCCGUUGCGGCGAAUGUGGUGACGAAUGGAGUCUGCCCCGGCCGAGAGCCAACGACGAAGGAGGAAUCUACGGCACCGGCAUCAUUGGACAAACGUACGCGCAAGCAUCGUGGAUUCGGUUGACUGUCGAAUUGACGUCGAAUCAUUUGGGUUACUUUGAAUUCCGUCUGUGCCCCAAACAAUCGGCCGAUGAGUUGUCCACUCAGCAGUGCUUCGAUCAGCAUCUCUUGACGCUCAUCGAUGGUUCGACUCAGUUCUACGUCUCACCCGCCAACGAACUCUAUUUCCCCGUGGUCCAGCUUCCUGCCGACGUGUCGUGCGACUAUUGCGUCCUCCAAUGGCGCUACACAGCAGGCAACAAUUGGGGCGUGUGUAAAAACGGGACGUCCGGGAUAGGUUGUGGCUCGCAGGAGACGUUCGUCAAUUGCGCCGAUAUCGCCAUCCUUUAGCCCUCGCUGACUUUUCUUGUUCACCAAGCAACGUAGACCUACCUGAUGACGGAGUUUUGGCGCUCUUAUACUCGUCUUUGAACAAAAGUUCACCUUCCAUUCAGUUUAGCUCAUAGAAAACCACAAAUAUAACGAACGUUUAUUGAACGCCCCAAACUUUAAAUGCAUUGUACAAUAAAUGGAUGGAUAUAAGCCGCGCAGA